UCUGAGUGUGCGUAAAGAGAGAGAUGCUUGGUGGCCACGUCCCCUUGGAGACUGGAGAGACAACACGUGAUGAGCUUUACUUAUCAGGUUUAGAGGGAGAGAGACACCGAGAGAGAGAGAGACACCGAGAGAGAGAGGGCAGAGUUUGGAGUCCAGAGAGGAAUUAAAACUAAACACAAAUUAAUUUCAACAUUUUCCUCUCGACGACUUCUGUCCUCGAGUUAUUACUUCUUUUUUUUUUUUUUCCUCCGGGAGAGGAGAGAGGAAGAGAAGCAGAAGAGGAGGAGGAGGUUGAGGAGGGAGGGGAGGAGGAGGAGGAGGGAAGCUGGAGUAAAGUUUGUCCAAGUUUGCACAUCCCUUCGGAAACGCCAUUUUGAUUCCUCUCCUCUCCGGAGCGAGUUUGCAGCCUCUCUCUCCCUUCUUUUUUUUUCUUCAUCCCCCUUUUUUCAUCCACCAUCCCCGCCGUUCAUCACCAUCAUCAUCAUCAUCUCCCCCACCACCACCACCACCAUCAUCAUCCUCGCCACGAUGUCUCGGCGCAAGCAGCCCAACCCCAACAAAGUCAAGCUGUGAGCAGAGGUUGCAGCAACACACACACACCAAACCCCGCCCCCUCCCGCCCCGCCCUUCGAGACACGAGCGAACGAACGAACGAACGUUGCUUUACGAAAAAAAAAGGACGGCAGUCAUGGAAAACUCCAACGAGGAGCAAAGAGCAGAGAUAAACGAGGAGGGGGAGUCGGAGACAAAGGAGGAAAAGACACACAGUAACCUUAAAGCGAUCAACGGGCUGACAGAGGAGGCAGCGAGUGCAGGAGAGCAGCUACAGAACGGAGACCGAGGAGGAGGAGGAGGAGGAGGAGACGGAGAAGGAGGAGGAGGGAUCAUGGGAGCUGAAGGAGGAGGAGACCUGUCCUCCAUCAACGCCAUGAUGUCAGCAGUGAUGUCAGCAGCAGGGACCAUCAACGGCGGAGGAGACGGAGAAGGAGGGAGUGGAGUCACCUCAGCCAACUCCUCCGCCGGGCCCUCGCCAAGCCCCUCCCCCAGCAAGUCGCUCACUGCAGCGAUGAGAGCCCCUCCCAGCCGCAACGCACGACGCACCCAGGACACCAAAGACGAAAGCUCAGCUUUUAUAUGUCCGCUGUGUGACAAGAACUGUCAAUCACAACACCAGCUCACCAUGCACAUUAGACAGCACAAUGCAGACGCCGGAGCGUCGGAUCACUCCUGCAGCAUCUGUGGGAAGUGCCUGAGCUCGGCCUCGUCGCUGGACAGACACAUGCUGGUCCACAGCGGGGAGAGACCCUACAAAUGUAACGUCUGUGGACAGACCUUCACCACCAACGGCAACAUGCACAGACACAUGAAGAUCCACGAAAAGGACCCGGCCAGCGGCCUGCUCCCCGUCAGCCCCCCCUCCCCAACCAAACGUCGCCGUCCGUCUGUCAAGAGGAGGCUGGAGGAGGAGAAUGGAGAGGAGCCGCCGAAUAAGAAGGUGGUGGAGGAUGCGGCGUCAGAGGAAUUGGCAGCUGCAGUUCGAGGAGCCGAGGAGGAGCUGCUGCCCUGUCCAAUCUGCUUCAAGACCUGCAGCUCCAGACUGGAACUGGAUGCACACAUGGACGCACAUCCCGACACUGCAUUAAGGUGCGAUAUCUGCUGCCUAUCUUUCCGAACCCACCGCGGCAUGUUGCGUCACAACGCCGGGGUUCACAAGCUCCUCCCCCAGGACCCCAGCGGACGCCCCUUCAUCCAGAACAACCCCUCCAUCCCGACCGGCUUCAACGACCUCGCCUUCAUCGACUUCUCCUGCAAGAAGUUCGCACACAUCGCACAGGUCUGGUGUGAGACAAACCUCCGCCGCUGCAUCAGUAAGUUCCAUCGGUUCGUCUGCGAUUGCUGCGACAAAGCGUUCCCCCUCCACUCUGCGUUGGAGCUCCACAAAACCACGUCCCACUCUGAAAAAGCCAACGACGCUGACACACAGGAGGCCGAGGCCGAGGAGGAAGAGGAAGAGGAGGACGAAGACGAGGACGUAGCUGACAAAACGAUUGGUCCAGAGAACGAGGAGGAAGAGGUCCUGCAUGCAGAGCAGUCCGGCUUCUUGGAAGGGCUCGGUCUGCAGCACAUCUCUACGGUGAAGUCUGGUCCCACAGACGAUGAGAUUCAUCAGGCUCACCUGGACAGCAUCAAGGUGAUCCACGUGGAGCCUCCCUCCUUUAGCCUCCCCCAGGAGCCCGCCUCCGCCUACCUCUCUGGAGGACUGGGGCUGACUCUGGGACUCGGUGUCGGGGGUCUGGCUGCCCUCAGCAUCCCGCUCCUGGAGGCGUCUGGCUCCGCCUCCACCCUGCAGGGCCUCACCCAGCGCGACGCCCUCAGCCUCCUCUCCCUUCAGCCGUUCCCCACAGGCCUCCUUCUGCAGCCCGAAGGGGGCGCUGCCACCGGGAGCGCAGUCUCAUCGGGCGCUAAACCCGGGGAGGCGGGGGGAGCCGGGAUCAUGGAGCUGGCCGACAUCCAGCAGAUCCUUAAAGUGGCAAGUGCAGCGCCCAAUCAGAUGGGACUGACCCUCCCGCCUCUCGCCAAAGCUCCGGGAUUUGCUGGAAGUCAAGGUCUGGUUCAGGGUCAGAAGGCGAUGCCUCCAUUGAAACCAAAACCUCCCAUCACCCCUCGCUCCAGCCUCACCGCCACCACCCCUCCCCCCCUUCAGAGCUCCCAGCAGGCCUCUCUUGGCUGCAUCAGCCCGAGCCUGCCUCCCCCCACCCCCACUCUCUUCAAAACUCCCUCCUCCUCAGCCGGUAACGGAGGGCAGCUGGACGCAGAGUGUAUGGGUGACGCUCACACGCCUCUGUCAGACUCGCCGCCGGCUGUGACCACAGCGGUGCAUGAGGAGGCGGGGCUAAGUGGGAGGAAACCGGGAACCAAAGCUGGAAACAACGCCGGCUCGCCGAAAGGUUCGUUCCCAUGCAGAUUCUGCGACCAGGUGUUCUCCUUCUCCGGCGUCCUGCAGGCUCACAUGCGCUUCCAUCUCGGCAUCCUUCCUCAUCAGUGCAACAUCUGCGACUACGUGGCGCCGGACAAAGCCACGCUGAUCCGACACCUGCGGACACACAGCGGCGAGAGACCGUACGUCUGCCGGGUCUGCCAUUACCCGUUCACUGUCAAGGCUAACUGUGAGCGCCACCUCAGGAAGAAGCAUGCCAAGACCUCGAGGAAGGACAUCGAGAAAAACAUCAAGUAUGUCACUUCCACCACCACGGCCAACAUCGCUGCAGCCAUAACCGCGGUAACAACCACCACCACCACCACCACCACGGAUACGGAGACUGGCUGCACCGGAGCAGAGACCACCUGCAGGUUCUGCGGCGAGGACCUGAAGAGCUACCGGGCGCUGCAGAUCCACCUGCGAACGCACAACGGCUGUCAGAGGAAGCCGUUUGAGUGCCGGCGCUGUGGUGCCGCCUUCCUCGCCAAACGGAACUGCAUCCACCACCUGCUGAAGCAGCACCCCGAGGUGCAGGAGAGAGAGAUCGAGGAUCACAUCGCCACACUCCUGCCUGCCACUCAGUCCGCCUCCACCGUUGGCCCGGUCCCAGCGGCCGCGGUGACCAAGAUGUCGCUGAACGGGAUAAGUCCGCCCGCAGUUCAGGCGCUGCAGGCGGUGAAGGUGGAGGACGUGGUUUAUCCUGCUGAACUGGACCAGCCGCUCGACUUCUCUGCCAAAGGUCGCAGCAGCCAAGCGGGGUCUCCUGGAGUCAAACUGGAGAGCGUCUCCCCAACCUUCGACUGCUCCGCCCUCGACCAGCCCAUCGAUCUGUCCAUCCCCAGCAAGAGGCAGCGGAGAGAGGCGGCAGGCGUAGAGAGGAGGGAGAUAAAGAUGGAGCAGAGCGGCAACAGCAUCGAGCAGCCGACUCUUUCAAAGGAGGAGAAAACAGGAAUCGCUCUGCCUCCUCUUCACCCUCACCCCCAGCUUGGCUGCUACCAGCUCCCCCCUGGAUCCACCCCUCCCCCGGUCUCCCUCCCCAACAUCAGCAACUCCACCCGAGCUCAGCGCCUCAAACCGUUGCUCCCCAAACCAAGCUCCUCCACCGCCACCUCCUCUCCCUCCUCCUCCUCCUCCUCCACCACCACCACCCACAAGGAGCUGCCCCCUCUGGCUUCAAUCGCUCAGAUCAUCCACUCCGUCUCUGGAGUUCCGGACCUGCUGAAGAGAGAGGCCGCCACCGUGGAUGGGAAGCCACAGGGUGGAGUCUCUUCUCAGGGUGAAUCUGCUGCAGCUGCACCCGGAGCCUCCGCUGCUCCUGAGACACAAAGUGAAGACACAACAGAAGGAUCCAGCAGAAAGCGAAGCAGGAAGAAGCUGGCCGCCCUGUCCGUGAAGGAGAAAGCUGCUGUGAGUAGCGGCGGCAUAGACCUGGAGUCCAGCGGGGAGUUCGCCAGCGUGGAGAAAAUGCUCGCCACCACGGACGCCAACAAGUUCAGCACGUACCUGCAGACUGGAGCUGCCGACCUCGGAGCAAAGAGAGACGUGGACAAAUCAGGAGGAGCAGAGGAGAAGGAGGAGGGGAAGCCUGUGGCUGUGGUGGGGCCGCAGUCGAAAGGGAAGAAGAACGCCUACUCCAACUCUGUGCAGAAGAUGACAUGUCCCUUCUGCCCCCGAGUGUUCCCCUGGGCCAGCUCGCUGCAGAGACACAUGCUGACACACACAGGCCAAAAACCUUUCCCCUGUCCGAAGUGCGAUGCCUUCUUCUCCACCAAAUCAAACUGUGAGCGCCAUCUGCUGAGAAAACACGGCGUCACGCACCGAACGCUGCGACGCAACGGCUCACUCGGCAAGAAGGACGGAGAGGACGGUUCGCAGGACAGCGCAGAGAGUCAGUCAGAGAACGAGCAGCUCACACCAGACGCACAAAACCACGGCAACACCACCCCCUCUUCAGAAUUAAGCCCCGCCCCCACAACUGAGAGUCCCUCUUCAUCUGAGCAAGAAAGGGAGGGACCCACAACGCCUAGCCCCAGCCACAAAUCAAGUCAAGGUGGCAGUCCAGCUUCCAUUGUUGCAGAGCAGCAGGAACCUAACACCACAGAUCAGACAGACCAGCAGGGGGCGCCAGAGGCCAGAGCAGGAAAACAGCCUCAACAGAGCAACAGCACCAAGGUGGAGAGUACAGAUGAUGACGACUGCCACAGCAACAAAAGUUUGGACCUGAACUUUGGCAAAAAGCUCAUCGACUUCAAGCUCUCAACAUCGCCAGACGCAGCUCAGGAAGAACAACCCCCCCAGCCUGCAUCCUCUUCCUCUUCCUCCUCAUCCUCCUCUACCUCUGCUCCUCCAGCAGCAUCAGACAACCAAGAGAAGGAGAAAAGCUCUGCAGCUUCCUCCUCCUCCUCCUCCUCCUCCUCCAGCAGCCCCUCUGUGAGGCAUCAGCCGGAGUACAAACACGUAUGCCGAGUCUGCAAGAAGAGCUUCCGAUACGCCACCACCCUCGCCCGCCACGAGAGGGCGCACCUCUCUGAGGAGACGCCCACUCCUGCACCAGUAGAAGUGACCUCGCAGGAGACAGAAGAGGAGACGGAGAGCAUUGUUGCAAAACCAACAGAAGACAAAGAGGAGGAGAAAGAGGAGGAGCAGAAGGAGACGGAGAUGGAGGAGGAGGAAGGAGGAGUGAUGAGGGGAGGAAAGAGUGAGGGAGGAGAGAGCGGGGAGUCCGAGGAGGAGAAGGAGGAGAGGAGCGAAGAAGAGGCGUCGGAACCAAAGAGUUUAGAGGGAGGCAGAGUUGACAAGAGGAAGAAGAUUUGUAAAGUCUGCGACAAAAGAUUCUGGUCUCUGCAGGACCUGACCCGACACACUCGCUCACACACAGGUGAGCGGCCGUACCAGUGUCAAACCUGCGAGAGGACUUUCACCUUGAAGCACAGCCUCGUUCGCCACCAAAGGAUCCACCUGAAGCCCCGCGGAGCCGAUGGAGCCUCUGUCGGGAACGACGACGCCAGUGAGGAUGGAGACUCCUGCGGCCCGACGCCAACCUCCACCUGCCCGCCCUCGGAGAACGAGAGCGAGUGUGGGAGCGGCCCCAUAGGGGCCAAGGAGUUGGAUGAGGAGGAGGAGCAUGUAAAAGAGGAGGUUGAGGAGGGGGGGGAAUCAGCGGUGGUGGAGGAAGAAAAUUCUGUGAAAAAAGUAGAGUCUGCUGCCGAUCCAGAGCCGCCAACAACCAAUACUUCUCUUGAGGAAAAAUCUAAACUUCCCGAAGAAUUGCCGACGCAAAAACCCUCGGAAGACUCGACUCCCAAACAACAAGCUACUGACACAAAGACAAGUGACGAAUCCUCAGCCAGCGACCUAAAAUCAACGCCUGAAUCAAACACCUCCAAAGACCCCUCACCCUCUUCCUCCAUGUCUCCUGAGGAGUCGGCCCCUGCAGACGGAUUAAUCCAGGGGCUGCUGGAGAUCCACGCCAAGCCCGCGCUGGAGCACAUCCUGCCCAACGGAGAGCCUCCUCUGGUGGGGGCAGACUGAGGGGAAACUCCCCCGGCUUUCACCCCAGUGCCAUACGACGGAAAAGACUCUACAACAUUUAUAAUGAUGAAGAUGAUGCAAAAACCAGCCCAGAAACUUUUUUGAUAGAAAGAAAGAGGAAACCCUCGUUUUCUUGAAGUGCCUUACUACUAGUCCUACUUCUAAGAGAUGUUUUUUGCUAAAUCUUUAUCUGCAUUAUUACGGAGGAUGGAUCUAAUUUUUAUAGCUUUUUAUGAUGACAAUGAUUUGCAUUGAUAUUUUUUGUGCGGGGAAUCUAAAUUUCAGCAAUAAAAGAAUAAAGUUAUGAUUUAUUAUUGUCUAGAUUCUGUUUGAGAAUUAAUGAUCAACUUAAGAGAUGCAGAAGACAGACAAAGACUGAGACAUACUGUCUGAAUUUGUGUUUAUUCUGUAUUUAAAUCGCAGCUGAGACUGAACAUGAUAUGAACCAGUUGGAUUUGAGAACGAAAUAAGCCAGGGUGAGGAACUUUACAUUUUUUUUUUCCAAUGCUCACAUCGGCUAUUUCAUUUUUUUGUUUUCAUAAAUUCAAAUUGGGAGUUGGAGGCUGCCAAUGUGGCUCGUCGGCCCGAUUUCACCAGCAAAAGAUGACUUCCACUGAUGGCUAACUGUCGCAUAAAUCUGUGUGACAAAGGAAGCUUUUUGUAACUGGAAAAUAAAACACCGAAUGACUUCGUCCUUAUGGCUUGCUUCCGCAAUAAUCCUCGUCUAUCAGCUGGCUCAGAAAACACACAAAAACAUUCACAAACUUGUCAAAGUCGCAGCAGAGCUCUGUCUGAAAAAGAACUCUGUAAAGGGCAGAUAAAGUGUUGAUCAGUUUGUGCUCUCCAUGUUUUUUUAAACCCAUCACACUAUUGAUCCCUUUAUCCCUCAAAGCCUCCCUGUGAGUUUGUGUGUUAAUAAUUUGUCAUUCAUAAUCAUUCUCAGUUGAUUCCAUGUGUGUACAGAGAGUUGAACAUGUGGCACGUGAUGUUAGAGUAUUUUCCUUUUUUUUUUGCGUGUGUGCGGAUUAUCAGUGAACUAUAGGUGUAGGGAGGGGAAUUCUUGUGUUUUUGUGGAUUUUUUUUUAUAACUGAACAAAUCAAAAUGUCUGGCUUUGUGUGCGAUUGUAUGUGAAAUCCACCUGUCUCUCAUCGUCGUCCCCUAGUGUUUAUUUAGGGUUUAUUACAGGGCCUCUAGUAUGCUAACAUAUUUCACCUCUAACACUUGAUCCAGGUUCAGUUUACCUCAACUUCCGCUUUAACUGCAACCACUUAUACGUUAUAUGAGCAGCUCUAUAGGCUACCCUUUAAAUCCUAUGUCUUCCUAAACGUGGCAAGCAAGGCUAAUUCUUUGCUACCCUUGUUUCCACUGUGGACAAAGUCAGAGCUAACAGGACUAACUCACCAGCGAGACUUUAAACACAGCUACCCAAGCUUACCAUAUCAGAGCAGAUGCUAGCUUAGCUUGCACAAAAAAGUUAAUUACAUUUAAACAGAAAAGUCAUCAAUAGCCUUAUUUGCAUAACGAGCCUUCACAGAACACAGAACAACCAGCACUUACUGUACAAGCUUUAUCUUAACAACGUCCCAUAAAAGGGCUACCACUAGCUAGCUGUACUUGAUUUUAGCCUGUGUUAGCUGAAUAGAUAUCAAACAUGGGCUUGCAAAGAAGCUAACAAGUCCUAGCUGACCCAGCCAGAGAGGUUAGCCUUAGCUUUACAGAGUAGGCCUUAUUCAGCCAUUACUCGUCUUAAACACUCAAUUAGAGCAACCUAUAACCAGACCACACGAGUCUGCCAAGUUAACGAUAGAUUAGCACAAACUAGUUAGUUUUACUCAGUUAGCUACAGCGUUAACAAAAACCUGAGCUUGGCAGAGUGGGUCCUUUUAUACCAUACAGCAGCUAAGUAACGCAAACUUACCAGACCUGACAAGGAGGCUAAUAAUGGAGUAGCUUGUUUUACUAGUUUAAGUUAGUUAGCUCUAGCUAGGUAUAACCGUUAGCCUGAGCUUUGCUUAAUGUGCUGCAUGGUGAAACACAUGCUAGCUAGGGCUAACUAGUUGAGUAAAUCCAACACGUCUCUAAGCUUUUAAAAAAGCGUACUUGGCUAAUGGCACGUGUAGCUUAUCUCCUUCAGUAUUAUUUCGGUAUCUUGAGUUGGUCCUGGACAGCUUUAGUACGUUUUUUUGGCUCGUGUCUCUAACAUGAACGUGAAGACAUUUUUUAACAGCUGAACUUAAAAUUCUGUGUUGAUUUAUCUUCAUGGAGGUUAAUAGAUACUCAAAGACCCGUGGUCAUAAAUUUGGCGGUUGAGACAAUCAUUUGUAGUUAUCAAUUAAAAACAAAUUGAAACUGAUACUAAACCCUUCAUUUGUAUCUUUGUGGUUUCCAGAAAGAGCUUAACAACAGGUUGAAAAGAGUGAAUGAACUGAUGAAUGAAUGGAAGAACAGAUGGAUGGAUGGAUGAGGGGGUUGAGAGUGAAUGGUAUUACCCUACUGCACAAACAGACACAAGUAAAAGGGCUAAUUCCACCCCCUCGUACCAACCAAACCGGACAUUUCCACAACAGUAAAGGGUGGCUAAGUGCGUAUGAGUAUUUUCUUUUUGUGUGAAGUUGAAAAUAGCUCUCUUUUCUUCUUGUAUGUUUUUCGUCUCUUUGUUUUUUUUUUUUUUAUAUAUCAAGCAACCUCAAAACGAAUCGAACCUCAGCGGCUCAUAACAGAACUGUAAGGCAACGACAGUCAGUCAUCUGGCCUGUCAAAAAGCGAGUGAUAUUGAACAACUGGACUGACUGUGUGACUGACUGGACGCUGCUGUGAACUGGCACUAACAAUUUCCAAAACUACUACUACUAGUACUACUACAGUGGAAUAUCGCAACACAAUCAGGAGAGAAAGAGAGAGAGAGUUUUUCAUUCCCAGGGUAUUCAAAACCUAAACCUCCCUUCAUUUCUUAUAUUUCUUAAAAAGUUUGCUGUCCAAUAUUUGUCUUUGGUGAAUACUGUGUUCUUCACCAAGUCAAACAUAAUGGAAAAAGCAAUGGUGUGGCAGAAUAUUUAAUUCUUAGAUCCUUUAUUUGAAGAUUAGAAACAAAAGAAAUGAAAAGGCUUAAACUAGUUUUGGGUUGCUCUUGCUUUUUGGCUAAUGUAACAAUAAUUUUGUACAUAUUUUCAUAACAUCUUCGGCCCAUUGAUCAGUGUUUUGUUUGAAUGUAUUUGAGGGAAUCGAUUAAUAAAAACCAGUGUUUUCAAAUCAAAUCAUUUUUGAUUGAUUGAUCUGAAAUUGGAAUUUGAACAACAUGAAUGUAAAUUUAGUUGGGAUUUAAGAUUUACCGUUUUUUAUUAUGCCACAUUUAUGAAGGAACUCUCUCUUUCUUUUUCUCCACUGUUUCAUGUUUUGUUGGCUCUAUCUGUACAUCCCUAUCCCUCGGGAAUGUGUGUUAAUGUUCUCUAAGUGUGUGUGUAUUUGUGUGUGUGUGUGUGUGUGUGUGUGUGUUUGCACGGCCAUAUGAAUACUGGACUUCCAUUGGAAUGCACAUGGACUGUUUUUAAAUGUAUUUAAAACCUGGAGCCCAGGUGCGUGUUUGUGUGUUCGGGUGCAAGUUAGUUUCUACAAUGACUUGAGAAGAAGCCAUGUAUUAAGAAUAUCACAAUUAUGCUGCAGAACUGUUUUGAGGAACUGAUGGUUUGUGUUAUGGACUAACCGGCUUGCUGUAGGCCGGGAUGUGAAACGUACUAGCAAUAAGAAUCCCUCUGAAUCCAAAAAGCUUUAUGUAGAUCUCCUGUAUAUGAGUUGAGAACACUUUGUGUGGGUGUCUUGGGUCUGUUGUUUAUUUUUAGUUUGGCUGACAUGAUUUUUGUUGUGUUUAUUUUUUCUUUAUGACAUUUAAAUGUGUAUAAAACUGUGAAAAUCCAUUGUGUUCAGUUAAAGGGUGAGUUUUAGGUUAGUUUUUUUUGCAUGUUAAUCUAAUUUGUUCAAUUAUGGAUGAUUUCUCCUUUUUCAUCUCCUCUCGCUCUACACAUACAUAUAAAUAUAUAUAAAUAUAAAAUUAUAUAUAAUCUCGCUCUCAGGGUCUUUCACAAAUCCAUUAUCCGAAAUGCUUCAUGUUCUUAUUUCCUGAGUUGCAACUUGUCUUUCCAACUCCUGAUCAUUUUGUCUUUUUUUUAAUAAUGAUUCAGAACUGUCAAUCACUACAUUUAGCACUUGACUGUGAACUCGUCAUCACCUAACAGAUAAAAGAUGUCGUUUGAUUUUUGGCGUUUCAAAACCAGAACAUUUUGACAUUUUUGUGUCAUUUUCCCCCUCUCACUCAGACUUUUCUGUCAGACCUUAAAAGCCUUUUUUUCUGUGUCCUGUUUUGGGUUAACUCUCUGUCCCGGUCAGAGUUUAAAGGGAACAUCAGAGAGGACGAACACAAACAUACACAGAUGCUGGACUUCAAUCAGAAAGCAUUUACACAUGAUCCCGUGGAAAACUUGUAUUUUCUGUGGUUGUGUUUUCAUCCUUCUAUCCCUCCCUCGUCUGUCCUCUCUCCUCCUGCUGUUAGUAAGACAUGAGAGUGUUUCACAAAGUCAAGAGAUGUAAACAUGUUCUGUAUUCAACCCAAUAAGAAACCGCAAUAAAGAUUAUAUUAAGGAAAGGUGUGUGAAUCUAA